UAGUGAUAGUGGACGGCAGCUCAGAAUGCCCAGAGUAGCAAGAAUUGACGAUUUGUAACCGUUCUCUAAGACACGGGGUGCCGGUGAAUAGCGGCGCGGCGUGGCGCUAAAGUGUGAAUUUCAUACAAAGUGCUAACAUACAGCCGCAAAUACAUUUCUACUUUGCAGUACAUUCACAAAAGAAGCCUUAUCAGUGAGUUGAACGAUCAUUAAGGACGAUGGCUGAAAGUUUUCAAAUGGUUUAACCAUGGUACAGUAAUUUGGUGAUUAGUAAAACAAUGUAUAAUGGAGCAAGGCAUUCUAACAUCCGCUGUACCGACGCCAAAAACUCCAAUCUAUCAGCGCUACACAACCGCCCUCCAGAAUGACCCACGCUGUUCACAAGAGGUGGCCCUUGGGCGGCGGAUCGGCCUCUACCGGUUCUGUGGCGAUAUUGGCCGGGGUAACUUCUCGCGUGUCAAGCUCGCCGUUCAUCAAUUAACCAAAGACAAGGUGGCCAUCAAGGUGGUGGACACUAGCCGUCUCGAUGCUAAGGCUCUUCGUAUGCUUUCUCGUGAAGUGAGCACACUCGAGUGUGUUUACCAUCCUUUUAUUCUAAGACUGUUUGAAGUGAUAGAAACAUUGGGAAAGAUUCAUCUCAUUAGCGAGUGGGUACAGGGCGGUGAACUGUACAAUCGCAUCACGGAGGUUGGACCAUUAAAGGAACCCCACGCAGCACUUCUUUUCCAACAACUGCUUCUGGCUGUGAAACAUUUGCAUAGUUUAGGUUUCGUUCAUCGUGAUAUCAAGGCAGAGAAUGUGCUGCUCGUGAGCGAAGAACGGAUCAAGCUGGCCGACUUUGGUUUCAGUACGCAGCUCGCUAAUGGUCCGUGGCAGCAUUUGGACACGUUCUGCGGGUCACCACCUUACGCGGCACCGGAACUGUUUAGCGACGAUCAUUACAUCGGUGGACCGGUCGACAUAUGGGCUCUCGGUAUACUGCUGUACUUUAUGCUCGAAGGAUGUAUGCCCUUCAAGGCCCCAACCGUGCCACUGUUGCGAACGGCCGUGCUAAAAGGCGAGUUCGUCAUCUCUACCAAGCUCAGUGUACCUUGCAGCCGCGUUAUACAGCGCAUUCUCGUUCAUACACCAUCCCGGCGGCCUACGAUUGAGCAGCUCCUAGAGUGCCAAUGGUUCAAACACGCGCAGGAAGCUGCUCGCCGGAAUGCACAAGCAACCGAGGCCGCAACCGCCAAUCGCCUACCAGCAGUGGCAGCUAACCGUAAUGCUCACGUUCCCAGGCGAAGGAAAAAGCUGUUCUGGUUUCUACCGAUGCCUAGAGGCUCGUCACCCGAAUCCGCAUCUAGCCGAGAUCAUAUCAGUCCGGCAGCCAACAAUCAGCGCACCAGACAACUCCCACAUUCCCAGCAGCGGCCAAUGACGGUAUCAUCGGUGACGAAAUCUUCGGCUUCGUCACGUGAUGAUCCUCGAUUGGCCGGCGCAGAGAUUCCAAACCUUCGCACGUUCGCUUGUAGCACAAAGCGUGCCGGGAGCGUACUGGACGAAAGCUUUCUACACCCGCUUAAGCCGGACCUAACCGAAGGCGGCCAAACGGUCGCGGACGCGGAUCAGCAACAGCAGCCACCUCACCAUAUCAAAGAUGUAACGAACGAUGUGUCAAACAAUAAUAUUAUCAGCAGUAGUUACAAUCACCACCAUGGCAAUGGGGCUGAAGCCGGAGCGCAGCCGGAAGGGGUACCACCGAUGCCGGCGAAUGGCCACAACCGAGAACAGCUGUACGGCAGUGAUUCCGUACAGCCGCAAGUCAGUCAGGAACGCAAACCUCGCCGAUUUUCCUUUGGACGAACGCUAAAGAAACGGAUCGGACCGAUGGAACCGGUAUCGACCGCGGAAAGUUUUGCCGAAACACGACGCCACGUGCGGCAGAUGGAUCUGCGGGAAAAGCUGGAACGUACGAUUGAUGAAGAGCAUGGAAAGUUUGUAAUGUACCCAACGACGGCCGUAUCCUCGGAAGGCAACCGGCAUCUGCACGCCCUCGAGGCGGAAACACGCCGCCUAAUGAAGGUGCUGGGUAUCACGAGCGAAAUGCUAAACCGUGCGGUCGCUAAUGGACCCCGGAGUGACAUUAUUGGCGUGUACCGCAUUAUCAUGCAUCGAUUGCAACGAGAACAAGCUCAGGCCAGGUUAGCGGCCGCGGCAACCUCCACCAAUAGCGCGUUCGAAUUUCUCGAGCUGAAAUCGCUUACCGGAAGCGACAGUGCCGGGGCUGCUUCCGGUGGUAGUUCGGGCAGACGGACGGAUAAAGGUGGCGGUACCGCGGGAGCUUUACGCACCACUGCCAAAAGUCCACGACAUAUCGGUCCACGGAACCCCGGUAGGACCAUGUGUGCCAUUCUGUAGAGGAUUCACAAAACCCCAUAACGAGUUAACUAACCAACCAAUUAUGUGAUAUAUCUCCUAUGGAUCGAAUCAAUUGAAUUCUUCGUUCCCAACCAACGAUCUAGAUUUAGUCCUGCCUAGUCGCAAAAAAACGUUCCAUUAUUACUUCCUCCAGGAAAAGAAGAAAAGCAACAAUCAUGCUAUCCGGCUACGGCCGGAACAGCUACCGACCCGUUGUGUAGGGAGACGCGCUCGAAGAGACUUGUUUGGUGGACCACUAUCGUAGUAAGCUGUGUGUAUGUUUUGAUGCUAAAAGACAUGGCGAAAACUGUUGUUAGUUGUUACUUUAUAAAUCCUUUUUUUUUGGGGUAGUAUUUUGAAUUCGAUGUCGAUGUCACGUGGGAUCGUGGAGAAGCUUAGUCCAAUUUUAUUCCUCAAACUAUGCCAAACUGCAAGGUUGGUGCAUUACGGAAGGAGACACACAAACCGCCGGAGAGCAAGUUGUUGUCUCGUGUUUGUAGCUUUAACUAUUUAUUUUUGAUCAAUCGAGAUGCUCGGGAGAAGGUGUAAGGGGAAGACCAGAGGACGAAUACUGUUCAGUGUAUUGUUCCAUGGUUUUACCUCCUGCACGCGGGACACAUCAUACUCGUGCUAGGGAACAUCGAGAGUAACGACAGAACAAGCGAAUACCCUACAAAUAUACUGUAUACAACAGAUCAACAAUUUACUAAAGAAUGCUUCUGUUGUUUCUACAUUUUAUCGAAAGAAAUACCUAACCAUCCAGUUGGCGAUGCGUUACGCAUUCGUCGUCACGGGAUCAGGCUGCCAUCACUGCCGCAUCGUCGUGAGGCAAAAAGAUCGUUCAAUUACGAGAGAAAACGCAUGAAAAUGUAAUCUUUAGUUGUUUCAUUUCUUU